AAAGUUUCUUCAACCCAGGCUGAAGUGUUCCUCCACGCUGCCAAAGAUAGUUUAAUCUCUCUUCAGCUCCUGGACAUUGAUCCAUAGAGGGAUCAGACAUAAGGCUGCUUCACCUGGGGAAGACCGUGGAGUGAAUCAUGCCGUCCGACUCCCUGACGCCUUUCCUGGAACUGGAUGAGGAGUUCUGCAAGAAUUUCUGUGGCCUGGACGCGACAGAUGGCCCCUCCGCCGGCUCGCUGCAGCACAGUCAAAGAGUCCUCGGCUUCCAGAGACGCCAUUCCCUCUGCCCCGUGACCCUUCCCAACUCCAAGUUCAACAGCAGCGCUGAGGCGAUGGAGUCGGCCUGCUGGGGGCUCAGCCUGGCCUCCAGCCAGCAGUGGAACCGAGCUCUUCCACGCUCCUCGCUGAGUCACAUCCCUUUCCGAGUCGACCGCUCGGUCAGCAUGAUCGAGGGCAACGUGGGCAACGUGGGGAGCAGGGAGGACAAAAUGUCAAAUGCCUCCCCGUCGCUGCUGCUCCCGCCGCCGGGUCUGUGCAUCAGCAACACUUCUCUGGCCUCCGCCGCUUCCUCCACUUCCCUGCGACCGCCGGUGCCGCCUCCGCCGCCGCCGCCGCCGCACAUCUCCAGCCGGUACAAGACAGAACUCUGUCGCACCUUCGAGGAAAGCGGGACCUGCAAGUACGGGGCCAAGUGCCAGUUCGCCCACGGCUUGGACGAGCUGAGAGGACUCAGCCGGCACCCCAAGUACAAGACCGAGCCGUGCCGCACUUUCCACACCAUAGGCUUCUGUCCGUACGGCGCCCGCUGCCACUUCAUCCACAACGCCGACGAGAUGCAAGCGGCCAGCUCCGCCGGCGCUCCGCAGAGGCACAAGCUGAGGCCUCCGCUGCUGCGGCACAGCUUGAGCUUUGCCGGCUUCUCCUCCGCCUCCCAAAUCUUCCAGCCGGUUGAGGAGUCUCAGCCUUCCUGCCACCUCUUCACACGGGCGUCUUCUGUCUCCCCCCCUCCCUCCUCCGCAGGGAGCCCAGAGCUCCUUUCCCCUCUCUUCCCUGAGCCUAGGCCUCUGAAGCAUUGCCCUUACCCCUUCUCUGGUGUCGGCGACCUGGCCGGCGACAGCGGAGACUCGGCCCUGCGCUUCUACGCAGCGGCCGACUCAAAGUGCCCGACGUCCAACUUCACCUCCGGCAACCACAGCCUCCCAGUGCGCCUCCCCCAGCAGCUUCCUGCCUCUCUGAACAGCUUCCCCUCCCUGCAGCGCUGCUCCUCAGCCGACUCCCUAUCCGAGGAGGGCUACACGUCUUCCUGCUCCCUCAGCUCUUCCUCCAGCGGCACAGAGUCUCCGAGCUUCGAGGGCAGACGUCUGCCCAUCUUCAGCCGCCUCUCCGUUUCAGACGAAUAGGGAGGAGUUUUGCUUUGGGGCUGAGUUCAGACGGGGACCGUUUUUUAACUCCGUGUGACCGCGACGCGAGUUAAGAGUCGCCAAGGAGUAGAACAGCAGCAGGUCCUUCCUGAGAUCCAGCCGAGUGAACGUGCCUAUCUUUGUGCAUAUUGCAUUUCUUUCACCCAAGCAGCUGUAGUGCUGCCCAGUGUUUGUCCAGUUUUAGCUGACUCCCUUUUCUGUUUCUUGUUGUUUUAUUGAUUAUUUUGUAAGCUUUUGUUGUUACGUUUUUUUUUAUGCCAUUGUAACUGCUGUAUACUGUUGUAUACCUGUGUUUUAGAGAACACCUGGAGGGUACUCGGCUCAGCAUCCGUCACCCAUGCUGUUCCUGCUCAGUAGAAAGUUCUGUGUGAGAAUUUUCUGUACCCUAAUCUCAAGAGGAUGUGUUUUUUUUUUGUUUGUUUUCUUUUGCCUUGUCCGAGGAAGUGUGCAGUUCAUUAUUACAGACGU